UGGGCAGCUGGGAAGCUCAGCAGUCAGGGCUGUGGCGUCCUGGUGCCUGGGUGCCUGCAUACCAGUGUGCGUGUGUGCCGGCUGGGCAAUCUGCCCCACACCUCUCCACACCUCCCCCUCCCCAGCGUUCCCCAUGCAGCCUUGGCACUGUCUCCGGCGUUUCGCCCUGGCAUGGUGGGAGAGAACAGUGGAGGGCAGCCACCGGCCACCAAGAGAGGAGGCAGGACAGAGGGAACCGGGGGGCCGAGGGGAACAAGAUCCUGAGCGGAGCAGCCCCCCGAUGCUGUCUGCAGAUGAUGCGGAGUAUCCAAGAGAGUACCGGACCCUUGGGGGUGGGGGAAGUGGGGGGAGUGGGGGCCGGCGUUUCUCCAAUGUGGGGCUCGUGCACACUUCUGAGAGGAGGCACACCGUGAUUGCAGCCCAGAGUCUGGAGGCACUCAGUGGGUUGCAGAAGGCAGAUGCAGAGCGCAAGCGAGAUGCCUUCAUGGACCACCUGAAGAGCAAGUACCCCCAGCAUGCCCUUGCUCUCAGAGGCCAGCAGGACCGACUCCGGGAACAGCCCAACUACUGGAGUUUUAAGACUCGAAGCUCCCGACAUUCACAGGGUGCCCAGCCAGGGCUGGCAGACCAGGCAGCUAAGUUGUCCUUCGCCUCUGCUGAGUCACUGGAGACCAUGUCGGAGGCUGAGCUGCCCCUCGGCUUCAGCAGGAUGAAUCGAUUCCGCCAGAGCCUGCCCCUCUCUCGAUCUACUAGCCAGACAAAGCUCCGAUCCCCAGGGGUGCUAUUUCUGCAGUUUGGGGAAGAGACACGUCGGGUGCACAUCACCCAUGAGGUCAGCAGCCUGGACACUCUCCAUGCCCUCAUCGCCCACAUGUUCCCACAGAAGCUCACCAUGGGCAUGCUCAAGUCACCCAAUACGGCCAUCCUCAUCAAGGAUGAGGCUCGAAACAUCUUCUAUGAGCUUGAGGAUGUCCGGGACAUCCAAGACCGAAGUAUUAUCAAGAUUUACAGGAAAGAACCGCUCUAUUCUGCCUUUCCUGGCUCUCACCUCACUAAUGGGGAUCUUCGGAGAGAGAUGGUCUACGCCUCCCGGGAGUCAUCUCCUACCCGCCGCCUGAACAACCUCUCCCCGGCCCCCCACCUGUCCUCGGGUUCCCCACCUCCAGGCCUGCCCUCUGCCUCACCUUCCCGGUCCAGGCUCUCCUAUGCAGGGGGGAGUGGGGGCCGCCCCCCAUCCUAUGCUGGCAGCCCCGUCCACCACUCAGAAAGGCUGGGGGGGGUGCCCCCUGCCCCAGGCGUCUCCCCCAGCCCCAGUGCCAUCUUGGAGAGGCGGGACGUGAAACCCGAUGAAGAUCUGGCGGGCAAGGGAGGAGGGGUGAUGUUAGUGAAAGGGGAGGGUCUCUAUGCAGACCCCUACGGGCUGCUCCACGAGGGGCGCCUGAGCUUGGCUUCAGCUGGAGGGGACCCCUUCGCUUACCCUGGCGGGGGACUUUAUAAACGGGGCUCAGUCCGAUCCCUCAGCACAUAUUCUGCUACUGCCCUACAAUCUGACCUGGAGGAUUCCCUAUACAAAGCAGCCACUGGCAGCAGUGGGCCACUCUAUGGGGACGGCUUUGGCUUCCGUCUGCCUCCUGCUUCUCCCCAGAAACUGGUGGAUGUGGCAGCACCCCAGGGCGGCCCUCCCCCUCCCCACAGCCCUUAUUCUGGGCCUCCAAGCCGUUCCUCUCCCGUCAGGCAGUCCUUCCGCAAGGACUCUGGCUCUUCAUCCUCUGUUUUUGCUGAGAGCCCAGGGGGCAAGCCACGGGGUGGGGGAGGCUCUUCAUCUUCUGGGGUGCCCCCAUCAGAGCUUUUCCCAGGGCCUGGGGAGCGCCCACUGGCAGGCUUUGGGCCUCCGGUACCAGCCAAGGACACAGAGACCAGGGAGCGAAUGGAAGCCAUGGAGAAGCAGAUUGCAAGUUUGACAGGCUUGGUGCAGAGUGCCCUUCUCCGAGGUUCAGAGGCUGAGACCCCCAAUGAGAAGACUGAAGGUUCCAACGGGGCAGCAACACCUUCAGCACCUUGUGGGCUGGGCGGGCGGAGCAGUGGGGCCCCUCCGGUUCCAGCACCUCCACCCCCUUCAGCCAGCAGCACCCCGGCAGGCCCCCCAACGGCCGUCACCCGUCUACACAUGCAGCUGCACCUCCAUGACCUACAGCACAACGCCAGUGACCUCCGCAGCCAACUCCAGCAGCUGCGCAAAAUGCAGCUGCAAAAUCAGGAAUCUGUUCGAACCUUGCUGAAGCGCACAGAGGCUGAGCUGAGCCUUCGGGUGUCCGAAGCUGUCCGGAAGCAGGAGGACCCCCUUCAGCGGCAGCGUACCCUGGUGGAGGAGGAGAGGCUGCGCUAUCUGAGCGAGGAGGAGCUGGUCACCCAGCAGCUCAAUGAUCUGGAGAAGUCAGUGGAGAAGAUCCAGAAAGAGGUGUCCCACAACCAUCGGCUAGUCCCGGGUCCUGAGUUGGAAGAGAAGGCCUUGGUGCUGAAACAGCUGGGGGAGACCCUCACGGAGCUCAAGUCACAAUUCCCUGGGCUACAGAGUAAAAUGCGAGUGGUUCUCCGGGUAGAGGUAGAGGCAGUAAAGUUCCUGAAGGAGGAGCCACAGAGACUGGACGGGCUUCUCAAGCGCUGCCGAGGGGUCACCGAUACACUGGCUCAGAUCCGAAGGCAAGUGGAUGAGGGCACAUGGCCACCUCCAAACAACCUCCUGAGCCAGUCUCCAAAGAAGGUGACAGCUGAGUGUGACUUUGGCAAAAGCCUGGAUUUUGAAGUGCCACCCCCCAGUCCUCCCCUGAGCCUCCAUGAGCUGGGGGGGCCAGGCGAGGGCACUGCUCACAUACCCAAGGGGGCCAAUCCCUCCAGGGGCCCUGAAACACCCAGCAAGAGAAGCGUGGACAAAGCCGUGUCUGUGGAGGCAGCUGAGAGGGACUGGGAGGAGAAGAGGGCAGCCCUGAGCCAGUACAGUGCCAAGGACAUCAACCGGCUGCUGGAAGAGACCCAGGCCGAGCUGCUGAAGGCCAUCCCAGACCUGGAUUGUGCGGGAAAGCCUCGGGGGCCAGCCCCCACCCCUGAGCACAAGCCCUCCAAAGCUCCCCAUGGCCAGAAGGCAGCCCCACGUGGAGAGGCCAGUGGGCGGAGGGGCUCAGAUGAGUUGACUGUGCCCCGAUACCGAACAGAAAAGCCUUCUAAGUCACCCCCGCCACCCCCUCCCCGACGAAGCUUCCCCUCCUCCCACGGCCUCACCACCACCCACGGAGAGGUUGUGGUCACCAGCAAGAAAGACUCAGCCUUCAUCAAGAAGGCAGAGUCAGAGGAGCUGGAGGUCCAGAAGCCCCAAGUGAAGCUGCGCCGGACAGUGUCUGAGGUGGUUCGUCCGGCCUCCACGCCGCCCAUCAUGGCGUCAGCCAUCAAGGAUGAAGACGAUGAGGACCGAAUCAUUGCUGAGCUGGAGAGCAGCGGGGUCUCCAUCCCACCCAUGAAGAUGGUGACACCAGGGGCAUCCAGGCUGAAGCCAGGACAGCCAAGCAGCCCUGACAAAGCCAAGCACAGCAAACAGCGGUCAGAGUACAUGAGGAUCCAGGGCCAGCAGCAGGUCAAUAGACCAUCUAAAGAGGUGAGCGGGUCAAAUGAGACCUCAAGCCCAGUCUCAGAAAAACCCUCUGCUUCCAGAACUUCCAUCCCCGUAUUGACUUCCUUUGGGGCAAGGAAUUCCUCCAUCUCCUUCUAAAGCCCUAUGUUCUUCCUCCCAUUUCCUCCCCUCUUCUUCCUCCUUCUACUUACCUCUCACCAUAUUCCCUUCAUUUCCCCACCCCCAACACACCUUCCUCCAGAAUCUCAACAGGAUUUGCUGCAGUUAUGCCCACCUUCUAGCUGCCCUACCCCCACCCCUGUGGUGUUUUUGAUUUUUUGAAAUAAUCCACUUUUAAUGACCUUUUUUUAAAAGCCAAAACAAAAAAAAAAUGAAAAUCAAACACACCACCUAUCCCUUUCUGUCCUGGAAUGGUCUCCUCUUGGGCCACCAUCCUCUCCUAUUUUCUAUCCCAAUUUCUUCUUUCACCAUCCUGCACUUCCACAUUCUUCUCACCCAUCCUCUCCUCCCUUUUCCUGCCUCCCCUUUCCUUUUUCCUGACUCCCUUCUGGCUUCCUGAUACUGCUCCAAAUGAACUUCGACCCAUGUCAGGAAUUUCCAAGCCAUGAGGACUUGGAGCUGUGAAAGGUACCCCCUCUCCCACCCUGAUACCUUCGUGGGAGAAAAACUGGACAUUGGACCCAGCUCUAAUGAGGGGGCUCAGAGAUGGGGGGACAAGGAGAGACCCUGGCAACACCUCCUGACUGUCUGACCUCUGGACAUGACUGUUAAUCUGUCACUGCUGCUAUCCUGGUUCUCUCCUCCUGGAAAAGGCAUUGGAAACCAAGAUGAAUGGCCUGGAGAUGGAACUCCCAGCUUCAGGGGCUGCAGGGAGGCCUCGGCGUCCGUGUCUUAAAGGGAGAGCACAUGAGGUCUGCCCUUUACUGGCAAUAAGGAACUACCCACCGAGUCCAGAGCUGGGAUGAGGGGGAGUGUUUUGGAUUCUGUGAGUUUGGAGGCAGGGGCAGUCCAGUGUUGAGGGGACACUGCCCUGGGGGCGAGGACACCCCAGGAAGGGACUUUACUUUUAGUUUAUUAAUUUAGCACUUUAAAUGUCAUUAAUUUAUGUAAAAGGAGGGGGGAAGGCAGCAGGAAACAGAUGGCUUUGGGAAUCUGAAGUGGUACUGGGGAGGGGGUGUUGCCAGAUUGUGUGGGAAUCUGGGAGAUUAGGCAAUGAGAGAAGGCAAGAAAGAGAAGAAGAAGGUAAGGAAGUUUAUCUGAUUCUCCUCUCCCCCAUAAGAAUAUAGGAAUUUUCAGGGAAGUAGUGAAAUGGUAGAGAAACUAGCAUGGGUCCAGAAUCCCUGGACUCCCCCCAAUGUGGGUCAUGGUGGCCACAAAAGGAACUGGCCAGCCAGCCAGUGCCCAGGCCUUACCAGUCUAGGAACUGCACUGGUCCAGGGCCCUGUAGAGUAUUUGGGCCCAUCCUAAGGUGUCCUGAAGACUAUUAAGUAGGUCUUGAACUGGAAGAACCUAGUAUUGCCCCAGGGUCCAGGAUAGUGGGGAUGGAUGACUGAAUGAAAGCUGGGGGAGUGGACCUAGAAUAGAAAAGAAGAAGGUCCCUUCCCACCCUCUCCCCCAGUAUCUGGAGCACAACUGGUACAUUAGUGCCAGCACAGGAAGUUCAUGAGGCAAGGUCGUGCAAUCAGCUCAGCCAGGGACAGGGUCUCCUGAGAGAAUAAGCACAGAGAAAGGAUGAGGGUCAAAGGGGGCUAUACUUUGAAGUUUGGGUUUUUGUUUUUCUUUUUGUUUUUUUUUUAGUUCUUAUUUUCAAGAUUGGGAUCAUUUUUGUAUGAAGGUAUGUGAGGCUUUUUGAAGAAUAAUAUAGAAGAGAAAAAAAAACUCACAAAAACUGAACCCUCCUGAACCCCACCCUCCACAAAAAAAUAUAAAGGAAAAAAGGGGAACCUCAUAAAUGAUGCAAUUACUUUUAAUUGCAGGCAACUCUUUACAUUUAAGUGAAGUGUCUUAACAUUUUAUAUUGUUUUAAAAAUAUAUUUACAUAUUAUAUAUAUAUAUAUAUAAUAUACGUAAUAUAAAUAUAUAUAAAUAUUUAAAAAACGGGAAAAAAAAAGAAACCUAAGCACUCUCCCUGGCCGCUGUUUGGCGGGGGAGGGGGCCGGGAGGCCAGGGUCGGGGAGGCAGGUUUGUCUGACUUCUGGUUUGGUUCAAUUUGGCUGUACAGAGACACCCUUCUCCUUCCCCCACCUUAGCCUAGGGAGUGGAUCUGCCCCCCCCCAAGCUGUUCCCCCAGCCUUGACUUUUCCUUCCUACUCUUUGGAGCUCAGUGCCCUCCCUCCCCAGACUGCACCCUUCCUGCCCUAUGGGGAUCAUUGCCCCUCCCCACCCUUACCUGACCUCUCCCGCAGCCUGCGCUCCUCCUGUCCCUCUUCCUUGGAGGCCAAGUGUGUUGCCCACUGUCACUGUCUAGAGUGUAACGUCCCUUUGUGGCCUGUGUGAAGCCAAGGGGCAAGGGGACAGAUGUGUUAAUAGAAAGACACCCUUGCUCUCCUCCCCAGCAUUUCUGCUGGCUAAAAGGAGAUUCUGGGGGGAUCAAGGAUGCUUUCUUCCCCUUCCUUGCAACUUUGUGUGUAUGGAGGGGAAGGAGGGAGGUACAUGAUCCUGUGAGUGCGCAUGUGUCCAUCUACAUGCUUGUACAUGAACCUGGUGCAUUUGUGCAUCCGCUUGUGUCCCACGCCUCUUACCCCUGUCCCAAAGCUUUCACCAAGGGAAGGGGAUAGACCAAUCCCAUGCCCUUUCUGGCCCCCAGAUGAAGACCCCCUUCCCUGCCUCCCUGCCAAGUUUUGUUUUCUGCCAAACCCGCUCGCAGCACGUUCCCACUCUGCCCUUCUCGCCCUGCUUGCUGCAUGCGCCUCACUGCUCGCACUCUCUGCUGUCCGUCUGUGUGUGCUUGACAAAAAGAAAUCUAAGAAGUCUGGGGGGGGGCCUCCUCCCCCUUUCUCUCCCCUUCUGUGCCGUGGCUUUCGCAUGGGCAUUUUCUUUUCCUUGUCCUUCCCCCAGUAGGCUGUUUCCACAGGAGCCGCACCCCAAGGGCCCUGAGUGGGGUCUCCUAGGGCUGGGGCAGCUCUGUGCUCCCCCUCCCCCCCAACGGGCUCAUGUUGGUGUAGCAAUGAUUGGCUGCUUUGGAUAUUCUGUGAUCUCUGUCAGUGUAACAUGACAAUUUCUAAAUGGAAAAGGGUUGCUGUAUUCUCUCUGUCUCUGUCUUUCUCUCCCUCCCUCUUUUUUAAUGUCCUUCCUCAUCUUUCCUUUUUGAUUUUUCUAGCCAAGCGUUUGGGGCUUUAAUAAAACUUGUUUCUUUUUCGUCUCCUGGAU